AUGUCCUUCAUUUACGCCACCGAUGACCCGCCCGAAAACCACAUUGCUCGACUCCUAUUGACAAACCGACCGGCUCCGCAUAAACCUUCAUAUGGCAUGGACUCUCCUCUCGGUCUCGUCGCAUCGAAUUUCCUCGCGCCGCUCUACCUCUACACCUCAUUGAAAGGGAAGUUUAAUGCAUGGGACAAGCUUCUCGCUAAAGUGCCACCAGAAAUAUUUAUGUAUCCUUCUCUUGAUAUAGGCUGUGGCAGGGGGCUGGUCCUCAUGAAGAUUGCCGAGCGGAAGAAAGAUGUCGCGUUUUCAAUGACCAGAACACCUGAUCCGGUGUAUGGGAUUGAUCUUUUCAUCAGGGGCGACCAAAGCGGAAACGCGCCCGAGGCAACUUACGAUAAUGCAGCCAGCUUAAAUCUGACUGAUUACCUUACCCUGCACACCGCCAAUUUUAUCUAUUUGCCAUUCAAGGACGAAACAAUGUCACUGGCAACAGCAAGUCUGUCGAUUCACAACGCGGACAAAGCAUCCCGGAAAAUAGCACUUAUUGAAGCUGCGAGAGUCCUGAAACCGGAUGGAUAUCUUAUCAUACUCGAUUUGGCUGGAUAUAUCGGACAAUACAAGAGCGUGUUGAAAUCGAUGGGCUGGAGUAUUGGUCUCUACAUCCACGGCUAG